GGCAUCAAGUGGUCAUUCAUCUCGUUACACUCUACAAACUGCCAGUCCCGUUCUUUGGUCUUCUACAAAAGGAAGAACCAGCAUGGAUUAUUGUGGAAAAUACUUAGCAGUCAUUCUGGCCUUCGUAUUUGUGUUUAUGCAUGCCCUUCAUUCCUACCCUGAUGGAGAGUUAAUGACUCAAGGUUGUCCAGCAUGCAAACUGAAAGAAAACACUAUUUUUGCUAAAUUAGUUCCAAGAGGUCCUAUUUUUCAAUGUGCUGGAUGCUGCUUCUCGAGAGCUUACCCAACGCCUAUGAGAUCGAAGAAAACUAUGCUAGUUCCAAAGAAUAUUACGUCUGAGGCAACAUGCUGUGUAGCAAAGUCAUUCUCAAGGGUUACGCUAAAAGACAAUGGGAAGAUCGAAAAUCAUACAGAAUGUUACUGCAGUACCUGCUAUUAUCACAAAUCCUAAAUGUUUGUAGUAUGCGGUAAUAAUUCACAUUAUAUAAUCAGUAAUUUUUUUUAUAUCAUCACACAGAAGACAUUUUAUCUCACAUAGCAUGUUUGUAUAUUAGUAAUUUUAUUUUAUUUUUGUUUUCCAUUGCCUAAAAUAAAAUUGGUGUUACAUCUGCAUAAUUGAUAUGGAAUGUUAAGACAUUGUUUGUUUGUAGUUAAUAUUUUGCAAAACAUUUUUUACAGUUUGGAAUAAAACUGAUAUCUCAUAAUCAUCUUUUGUGAUAUUAGGAUAAUUCAACUAAACACAGUUAUAGUGGCAAAACUUAGUAUAUAUUCUGAGCACGUUUGAAAUUAUCUGCUCUGCUUUAAAAUGCUGGUGUUGUCAAUUUUAGGUCCACCUCUACUAGAAUUUCAACCAUGU